AUGGAUACCAGCAACCGGCCGCAGCCCCUAUCGACAAUCCGGCAGGCGGCCAUGAGCACGCUGAAGCGGCUCUUCCACGUCGACUUGUUGCUGGUGUUUGUCCCGCUGGGCUUCACGGCACACUGGGCAAAAUGGCCAGACACGCUCGUCACGCUGAGCAAUGUCGUCGCCAUCAUGCCUCUGUCGGCUCGUCUGUCCGAUGCCUCCGACACCAUAGGCAACAGAUGGGGCAGCUUGAUAGGCGGGCUGAUCAACGCGACGUUUGGAAACACGGUCGAGCUGAUUGUGGGCAUCCUCGCCAUCCUUCGCCAUGAGCCGCGCCUCGCACAGUCCAUGAUGAUUGGCAGCAUCCUCUCCGACAUUCUCUUGGUCCAAGGCUGCUGCUUCAUCACGGCGGCCCGCGGCACCGGCGUGCUGAACGUCAACUCGGCCGUUGCCGACACCCUGUCCACCCUCAUGAUCAUCACCACCGUGGCGCUUGUCCUCCCGGCAGCGCUGUACUCGACGUUUGCUUCCAAGUCUGGCGGCGAGAGGGACCUCCGCCGAAUGGUGCUCAACUUUAGUCGCGCCACCGCGAUCGUGCUUCUCUGCGUCUACGUCGCCUACCUGUACUUUCAACUCAGGACGCACUCGUCCAUUUUUGUAGAUGAAGACGACGAGGACGAAGAAAACAGGGAAGAAGACGAAGACGUCUUCCAGUCCUCGUUGCCUCAAUGCCAGGCUGCUGCUGCCGAGGAGGUUCCGCAGACGGACAGGCCCUCCAUGUCCGACAUUUCUGUCGCUGCGCUGACGCUGGUCGUGUCCGGGCUUCUCAUUGCCAAAUGCACGACAAACUUUAUGGACUCCCUGAACGGCACCUCUCGGGCCUGGAAUAUCUCCAAAACCUUCAUCGCCAUCAUCAUCAUGCCGCUUGCUAGCAACGCGUCGGAAUUGGCGCAGGUGGUGGCCGCGUCGAGGAAUCAAAAGAUUGACUUUGCCAUUGGCGUCAUUAUCGGCAGUAUCCUGCAGAUAUCGCUGUUUGUUUUGCCACUGCUGGUAGUCUUGGGAUGGAUGCUGCGUCUGCCCAUGGAUCUCUACUUUGAGCCGUCGCAAACCUACAUUCUGCUCUUGGCAGUCAUCAUGGUCAACCAAGUGCUCCAGGACAAGCACUACACUUUUUUGCACGGAACACUGCUCAUAUCAGUGUAA